AUGGCUUUUCAAGAAUUUGAACAAAUGUUAAUGUUACAGCAAUUAGAAUUUGUAGAGUUAGAUGCAGUAGAUAAUCAUCCUCGUCGAUUUUACCAAGUUCAAAAUGUUUUUGAAGAUUUCCCGGGAAAAGUUAAGAAUUUAAAUAAAAUCAGCACUGUAACUACGGUUGUUUGGGACCCCAAACACAGCCUUUAUUUAAUCGUUAAUUAUUAUUGCCCUUAUUUAAUUUUAGAACUAUCUGAUAAACAGUUUAUUAAAAAAUUCCGCCUAAGUUAAGGGUUGGUUGGUGAACUCAUUGAAGUAUUAACGCCUUAUAUGUCUGAACCAACAAGAAAAUCGUCAAUUUCAAUAGAAAGAAAGGUUUUGACAGCAUUGCGAUUUUUUGCAAGUGGAUCUUAUCAACUUGAUAUAGGAGAUAAGUCUUUAGGCUUAAGCCAAGCUUCUGUGAGUCGAUGCAUAGCUGAGGUCACUGAUGCAAUGAAUAUAUCUGAUGUUGUCAAGCGUUAUAUCCAUUUUCCAGAUAGUUUUGAAAAACUUAAUACUAUCAGAAGAGGAUUUUAAGAAAAAACUGGUGUACUGGGAGUUAUAGGUUGCAUAGAUUGCACCCAUAUAGCAAUUUUUCUACCUAAUUCUAAUGGACUAUAUCCGGAACAUAUUUACGUUAACAGGAAAGGAUAUCACAGUAUAAACACUCAACUAGUUUGUGAUUCAGAUGCUAGAAUUUUAAACGUAAAUGCUAAUUUUCCUGGUAGUACUCAUGACUCCUAUAUAUGGCGUCAAAGUCGUGUAUCAACGUACAUGGAAAAUUUACAUAGUAAUGGUCAUUCAUCAUAUUUUCUCUUAGGUGAUUCAGGAUAUCCACUAAGAUCUUGGCUUUUAACGCCACUAAGUGACCCAGCGCCAGAUUCUCCUGAUGCUGGUUAUAAUAAUUGGCAUACAAGUACAAGGUCAACAAUUGAAAGAUGUAAUGGUAUUCUGAAAAUGCGCUUUAGAUGUUUACUGAAGCAUAGAGUUUUGCACUACCACCCAGAGAGAGCAUCAAAAAUUAUUAUAGCUUGUACCAUUCUCCAUAACAUGUGCAUUAAUGAAAAUAUACCUGUUCCAAUAAAUGAACCUGAUGAUCCUGCAAAUGUCGACUUUGGAAUGUAUGAUGCACAAAUUAAUCCUGACCCUGAAGUAGGCCAACAUUUAACAAUUGGUCGUCGUAUGCAACAACUGGUCAUACGUUCAUAUUUUACAAGACAUUAA